CUAAGACAAGCACAAACACGGUUCCCACUCACAGUGAAGGAGCAAGGAGCUGGCAUGAUGUCGUCAGACAGGGAUAAAAGGGCUGUGUUCGGUAAAGGGAUCGCGUUCGACCCCUGCCAGCUCCGAGACCCUUGGGAGAACAGAGCCCAGAAGAUCAGUGAGAAGGGACAGCAGGAGAAGGAGGGGCAGGAAAAUAGAGUCAUGAAUGGGCUUAUUAAAGAGCAGCACACUGGACUGAUGGCAUUAAAGAAGAAAGGGAAUGCCAGAAAGAUGGUGUAUUGCCCUAUACUGAAACGGUUUAGGCUUGAUCCUCCACUAGAUGCAGCCCUGCACCCACCUCCACCCCCACCCCCUCCCAAGAAAUCACCCAGACGGGUGAAGAUAGAGAUCCCCAAGCCAGUGGAGAAGAAGCCCACCCCACCUAAACCACCACCUCCUCCUCUGCCCAAAGUCAUUCUCUCUUACAAAGACUUACAAAGACGAUCUGAGGGAAAAUGGUGGAGGGGUAUUAGGGAUAGAGAACUACCGAAUGGUCCAAGUGAAUGGUCAAAGCCUUUUAAGUGUCGUCCACUGCAGUUCAGUAGAAUGCUUUAUGACCAAACAAUGUCCUGGCAGCGGGGAUGGCCAACAUUCAGCUGGGAACAAAGCAACAAACUACCGAAAGUAAAACCUUUGGGUGAAAAAGUCAACCUUAAAGAGUGGAAGGAUUCUUGGAAGAUGUCCAGGCCUUUACCCCAGCAGCACACAGACAACCAGGGCAUUACAGAAAGAGUAAAGGCUUUCAGAGAGUGGCAGAAUCGCUUGUCAAUCAGCAGAAAUAGAACACCUACGGCAGUGGUGAAGAAAGGAAAGGACAGCGGCAUGUCUGACUUCAGGUCUAAAGUGGCACCUCCACCAAAGAUACAUAAAUCUGAGCCACCAACACCUGCGAAGAAAUAUGAACCACUCCUUCAGCUGAGGAAGGAGAGUUCUGAGGAAAAUAAGCCCCCAGCCCCACAACCCAAGGAGAAGAAGCUGCUUGCCAGCAAACCGUCAACUCCUCAGGAUGACACAGUAAAUGUUCCACGGUGGAAGAAAGUUUGUAGGACGUCCGAGCCUUCACUCAAGCAGCACACAGAGAACCAGAUGACUGCAGAAAUUGUGAAGACAGGGACGGGCGAUGAGCUGUCUGACUCCAGAAAGAUCGUGAUGAGUCUAGACAAUGAUGCUGACAUUAAUGCAGCACAUUUGGAGCCCAGGUUUGGAGCCCAGGUUUGGAGUCCAGGUUUGGAGGCCAGAUUUGGAGGCCAGGCCAAGGUGGUACCGCCACCCACGCCACCCACGAAGAAACGUGAACCACCCAAGAAAUCGCAGCUCGAUACCCUAAAAAAAACACUGGCUUCAUCAGACAUGCUUGAUCUCGAUGAAUGGUCAGAAGCCUGGAGGACUCAACCACUGUUGUUGAACAUUGACGAGCAAGCAUGUCUGGAGGCUUGGGAGCAGGAAUGGCCAGAGUUCAUAAAGGAACAAAGUGAUAAACGACUGAAUGCUAAGCCUUUGGGUGACAAUGUAAACCUUACAGAAUGGGGGAAUGCUUGGAAGACGCCCAAGCCUUUACCCAAGCAGCACACUGAGGACUUGACGAUUACAGAGACAGUAAAGCCCAAAUCCUUGACAGGUUGGAGAGAAGCAAGGAGGCUCUCUGGUGACAAUGUUCAAAACAAUCCUCCAAGUCUGAAGGAUUGGCGUGACUCGUGGAGUUUCUGCCAAGAAUAUCGCUGGUGGAAGGUUUCUAUGGACUCCCAGAUGUCAAAACAACUUUUUUCCCAUCUGAAGAAAAGGGGUGGAGGGCUUUUUUUGUUUUGUUUUUUGUUUUUCUUUGUUUGUUUUCUUGGACACAAUACAGACUUGGGACAAUAGGACUUAAUUACCAUGACAGCUUUGAAGCAAGAAGGACAAUAACUCAAACAUUACAAACAAAUAAAUGACACAACACAUUUAGGUUAAGACAUGAAAACAAUGACAACCAUGCAUUGCUACCAUUAUAACCGAAUUAAUUUCAAUCAACUUAAAGUAACUUUUUAAAGACCAAACUCAAAGAAAACCGUUUACAGUAUGUGAUGGGACAUGUAAGUAAAGAAAAGUAAGGGAAGGGAAGGAAAGGGAGGCUGGUAAAAGGUAAGAUGUUAUGGCAAGGAUUUCGUAAAGUUUAUGUAUGCAGAUGGGAUUAGGCUGGGGAGGAUUGUGGGCUGGGGGCCCUUGGGUAAUGUUUUUGCCAGCAGAUCAACUUUUGCAAAGAUGGUGGAUAAAUGAAGAUGUCUUACUCAGGUCGUUUACCAUUGAAAAAAAUGGUCACAGUUCCGGUCUACUUAAGGAAUGGCUCUCGGGUCUGGUCUAAUUAGUUAAUUGACUGUACUGUAUAUGAACCAGAAAAAAUUAAGGAGUGGGAUGUCUCGCUUCCUCUUCCGUCUCUGACUGUAGGAGGUUCCUACUCCCAUCAGGACCCAAACUGACGGUCCGAAGAGCUGCGCUAGUUGACUUCCAGAAACCCGAAGAAGCUUCCUUUUCAGAUAUGUAGUGUUUGAUAUUAGAAAAUGUGGGACACAUUUUAUUUUUAAGUGGGCAAGGAUGUGACAGGGUGGAGCUGCUAUUGUUGAGUUAAUUAACAUAGUGAUGUUACAUGUGAAUGCCUCCUAUUGGUCUGUUUGAACUGAUUCUUUGUGUUUUGUCUUAAUUGAUUGCAGGUGUGACUGCGGAGCAUGCAUCUCCUCCUGUUAUCUUAAAAUGGCUGCAUUUCCUGCCAACCAGGAAGAGGAAAAAAGAGCCGCUGCUACCUCCAAGUCCUCAGAUUAGCUCUAGCCUAUGGACUGAACUCCCAAUCACAGUUGACAAUAAUUAUAUCUAGUCUCUGUGUUAAUUGUGAAAUUCUGAGUACAUCUUGUCUGAUCAGUGUCUGUGAGGACUUGGAGACAGUCAGCAAAGGUAAUUCUUGUAUUUUUUUGUGUGUUUGUGGGCUUGGCUAUUCAAUGCAUGUAGCACUUUAAAGUCUUUCAAACAUUUUUGAGAGUGAUCCCUAUAAGUAUUGAAUGCAUUUUUUGUUACACUUAAUACAGUUUGCUGUGCGUGCACUAUAGAUGGGUUAGCUGAUAACGUCACAAACGAUUUGCACGUUUCAAUGGUGAGUUGUUGUGAUUCUGGAUGGCCAGAUAGCUUCCAACAUUGACAAGAAACCGCCUGUGGGGAAUCGUAAGUGACUCGUUUUAGCUAGUUUCAUCUUGUUCUUGAUAUGUGUCUUGUUGAGGUGUUUUGACAGAUUUCAUGUCAAUGCUAAUAUGGCUAAUAUUUGCUAGCUAGCUAACCAACAACUGUAGCAAUGUAUUUGAGAGACAAGUGCUCAUUGUGAAAAUUAAUGUUUUCAAUAAACGUUGGAGAAUAAAUAUAGUUUACAUGUUGUCAACAAUCUAAGCCAACCGUCUGUUUUGCCCCAUAGCUGUGCACGUGUUGGUUGCUAAACAACCAACCUGUCUAUAAUUGCUGUGCUUUGAGAUACUUUUACUAGCAUUAAUUGAAUAUUGCAUUUAAACAGAAGUCUUACAUGAAUGCCCUGUUGUACUAGACACACAACUGUAACAAACCGUGAAAUAACUAAAUAUUGCUUGUAAUAACAUUAAAGAGGGGCUGAACUUGCCGAUUC